ACGAGGAAAUAAUACAAUAAACAGAGUGUGCCUCCUAAGAAGUCUGCUCGUCAUAUGUACAUACAUUUAACUCGAGAACGUCUACUAAUUAAGACGUUCACCCCACGAAUGCCACAACCAGAGGACAUCCAAUUAGCACGGUUGGCUACAUACGGUGCAAAAGAAGUUCAACAUACGGUGCAAAAGAAGUUCAACAUACGAGAAAUCGCAGCAGAGAACGCAUUUGCUAUAUGUGCUUCUUGGUUAGUUCUUAUCUUUCGUCGCAUAGGCGUUUGAUUCGGUGAAAAUCGAUGCAGUCGUCCAGAGGACGUCCACCCAUGACUCUCCAGCAGCAGCAUCAGCCCCUUCCCCCCCCCCCCCCAUCCAACCUCCCUGUUGCUCUCAGUGGAGUGCAGGCGGAGAACAAAGACGAUCACUCACUCACGAACCUAACCCGCGUGGUCAGGCGCCUGGAGUAAGAGGGGUCACGGGACCGUGAGACGCGUCACACUCUCACUACUGAACGUGGAGUUCACACCCCUACCGCCCGCCCGCCCGCCUGCCCGCCUGCAAUCCCGUGCUUCACGGUGCGACCGGGUACAGGGGGCUGGGGAAGAGAUCUGGGGGGAGGAGAUAGACACUGAGAGAGAGACACUCAAGCACACUGGGAGAUAGGCGAGGAGCGACACCGGAGAGAGGAGAGAACCGAGCAGGCGAACGAGAGCCCAUUUCGAUCGCCAUGAACUUCGAAGAGGCUCUGAGCGCCGCGGGGGGCUUCAGCCGCUUCCAGCUGUGGCUCACGGUCCUCCUCCUCGUGCCGCGCCUCGUGCUGCCCUGGCACCUGAUGGUCAACAACUUCAUCAGCGCUACGCCGCACCACCGCUGCCGCCUCCCCGACUCUCCGACCGCCGCGCCGCUGGAUAACGGCAGCGGCCCGGCGGAAACGUGGGGCGGGCAGCCCCCUUGGCGAGACGACGACGAGGAGGGCCUGAGCGCUUGCAGCCUCCGCGAGGCCGCGGGGACGAACGCUUCUGAGAGCCCGCUGCGCAAUUCGAGCGAGGCGGUGCCCUGUCCUUCCGGCUGGGAGUACGACCGCCGGCAGUUCACGGAGACCGUGGUGACGCAGUGGGACCUGGUUUGUGAGCACAAGGCGCUGAACCACCUCUCCCUGACCCUCUUCAUGGCCGGGGUCAUGCUGGGGUCCUUGGUCUUCGGGUAUCUCUCCGACAGGUACGGCCGCAGGAACGCUCUGCUCGGGUCCUACGUCCUCAACGCGGUGACGGGGACGGCGGCCGCGUGGGCGCCGUCCUUCAGUUCCUUCACGGCCAUGCGCUUCCUCCUGGGGGUGUCUCUGUCCGGCAUCAUCGUCAACACCCUGUCGCUCAGCGUGGAGUGGCUGGACCAGGGGCACCGAACGUUCGCGGGGACGUCGGGCGGCUUCGCGUGGAGCACGGGGAACAUGGCACUGGGGCUGCUCGCCUACCUCCUGCGAGGCUGGCAGCAGCUGCAGCUCGUGGUCACGUCGCCCAUUUACUUCUGCAUCCUCACCUGGUGGUUCAUCCCCGAGUCGCCGCGGUGGUUGCUCGUCAGGGGCCGGGCGAGAGAGGCGCAUCGCAACCUGAGCCUCUGUGCGCGCAUCAACGGGCGGACCAAGUUUGGGAGCGAGGUCACCGUGGAGGCACGUGGGUGGCACGGCUCAGGGGCACGAAAAGUCCCGGAUUUUGCCGCCACCACCACCCCCGUGCUGAUCAUGAGUUGGUCCAGGGUAGCUCACGACGUUGCCCGCGGCAACCCCCCUCCCCCCCACCCCCAGGCCCUGCAGGACGCGGUGGAGAAGGAGCGCACGACGCAGAACAGCACCUUCCUGCACCUGUUCCGCUCCCCUCGCAUGCGCAAGCACACCCUGGCCGCGGGCGUCGUGUGGUUCUGCACGACGCUCACCUACUACGGCAUCAGCCUGAACGUGUCGGGCGUGGGGCUCGACAUGUACACGACGCAGUUCGUGUUCGGCGCCAUCGAGGUGCCGGCCAAGAUCAUCAUCUACGUGCUGCUGGAGCGAAUCGGGAGGCGGCCGUGCCAGGCGGGCACGCUGCUCGCCACGGGGGCCCUGCUUGCACUCAGCAUCUCCGUCCCCGCGGAGAUGUCACUGCUGAAGAGCUUGGCGGCCAUCGCAGGGAAGGGCACGGCGGAGGCGGCCUUCACCACAGCGUAUCUGCACGCCGUGGAGAUAUUCCCCACUUCCCUGCGACAAAACGGCCUGGGCUACGUCUGCACCAUGGCCCGCCUGGGCGGCACUGUGGCCCCCCUAGCCGCGCUCCUCGCCGACGCGUGGCCCUCGCUGCCGGGCCUCCUCUACAGCGCCGUGGCCUUCGUCGGAGGCCUCGCGGCUCUGCUGCUGCCCGAGACGAGGGGCGCGGAGCUCCCGGAGACUCUGAGCGACGUGGAGAACGACGCGAGGUGGCCCGGUGGCGCGGACGGCCGCGGUGGCCACGGGGGCCACGGGGAAGGCGGCGCAUGCGACGGGAUGGACUUGGGGGACGAUGCAAGAUCAGCAGGGCCACCUAAGGAGGACCAGGUCAGCUUGCAGGACCUGACCACGGACCACUGGGACGGAACAUCUGCAAGCGCAGAUGGCGGGCGUCAUCGUCGCUUGGACGAGAACCACUCCACAGACACGGACCGCGGCGUGCGCCUCUAAAGUCCGGCGGCGGUGCAAGUCGGCAACUGUCGUCGGUGCUGGGAGCCCUGGCUUGCAGGCUUGCUGGUGGCGGCGGUCUUUUCAGGGCUGCGACCCGUCUUCUUGUUCAAUCUUUAACGCUCCGGUGUCAUUCUUCAACAUAUUCUUUGGGUCUUUCGGUAUUCGCGUAGAUUAGGUUAAAAGAAAAUAACAACAAAAACGCGACGUUUCGAUCGCAAUGCUUGUGUUUUUUUUUACCGAAAGACCCAAAGAAUGUGAAUUUCUGCAGUCACGAAAGCUUUAAGUCAAGAUUCUUCAACAUCUUGACUGGCUUGUAUGCAGCAAGUCUGCCUGCGCCUGACAAAACUGUAGGAUGCUCCUUUUUUUUAUUUUUACACCCAUGCUUAUGACCGUGGCACGAGGGAGCUCUUCAUCUGGCGGUCGAUUAAAUAAAUAACCAGAAAGGCUGAAGCGUGACAAAUCCCUGACUCUCGCUUGUUCUUGUCAUCACAAAGGCAAAAUGCAGCCGAGCUGAAGUAGCAGGACCUUCCGCAGGCCCUGCAAUGCCACUGGUUUCAACGGUCUAAAAAUUCACAUUUCUGAAUGAUAUACAGCUGUGUGAAAAUAAACGUACAGUCAGUUUAACACGUAGGCUUUCGCGACCAAUAUUAUUCAUAAUAAAGGUUUUUGGGUUAGAUCGCGUUUAUUUAUAAAUGUGUCGUAACCCUCCACCACCCGACGCGGCCAAUCAGCA